UAUCACUAGGUACCGAGAUAUAACAUGCCUGAGCCUACGAAGUCCGUCCCCGCCCCGAAGAAGGGCUCCAAGAAGGCCGUGACUAAGGCGCAGAAGAAGGACGGCAAGAAGCGCAAGCGCAGCCGCAAGGAGAGCUACUCGGUGUACGUGUACAAGGUGCUGAAGCAAGUGCACCCGGACACGGGCAUCUCUUCCAAGGCCAUGGGCAUCAUGAACUCGUUCGUGAACGACAUCUUCGAGCGCAUCGCGGGCGAGGCGUCGCGCCUGGCGCAUUACAACAAGCGCUCGACCAUCACGUCCCGGGAGAUCCAGACGGCCGUGCGCCUGCUGCUGCCCGGAGAGCUGGCCAAGCACGCCGUGUCCGAGGGCACCAAGGCGGUCACCAAGUACACCAGCUCCAAUUCAUCACUGAAGAAAGGGCAGGAAUCAAGCAGGAGCAGAGGCCGAAAACCAACUCAAGUUCAUAUGGUCUUCUUCCAACUGCCAGGACAACCCUACCCAGGGGAUCCACUAUCUCGUGGAACAAAUUCUAUUGUCUUCCCUCUUUUAAAGUUGAGGAAAUUAAAUGAAAAUGGACUGCACUGAAGUCACAAAUUAUAUAUCCAGUCUUGUG